CGUGGUUCGUGGUUCUCGGCAUCCACCCAGCCUGCGAAUUACGAACAGCAGCGGCCUUGCGACGCUCAGAUUCCCAGCUUUCCACUGCUGCGUCCGGCUCAGGACGUCUACCCAUCGUGUACUCGCGAACAACAAACGUCUAUCAGCAGGAUACACGAGUCCACAUCCUUGCACCGUUCCUAUCUGUCCGUUUCCGUUCGCAGACUUACUCUCCUUGUACGAUGUCGACGUCGCAGCGCCUCUUCCGCUUCUCGAAGCCCGCGUGGCUGAACAGCGCCAACACCAGAACCGCAGGCGUCUACAUUGCCGGCGCCCUCUUCUCGCUCGGCUUCUUCUUCUUCGUCGACGCCAGCGUCUUCUCCAAGUCCCCCCUCAACGGGAGCACCGUGCACAUCAACUUCGUCGACUGGAUCCCCCUGAUCUGCUCCGCGCUGGGGAUGCUCGUCAUCAACUCGAUCGAGAAGUCCCGCCUGUCCGCGGACAGCUGGUCGUACAGCGGCAACGGCGUGGCCUGGAAGGCGCGCACGGUCCUGUUCCUGGGCUUCGCCCUGAUGGCCGGCGGCCUGGCGGGCAGCGUCACGGUGAUGGUGCUCAAGUACCUGUUCAAGGACUACGCCCUGCAGACGGUGUACAUGGGCGUGGCCAACGUGGUGGCCAAUGGGCUGGUCAUGUUGAGCUCCGUCGUUCUGUGGGUCAGCCAGAAUAUGGAGGACGAUUACACAUAUACAUUGCAGCUGUGAGGAUUACUGGGCUGGCGCGAAUGCGAGACAAGAGGCGACGCUGCACAAUGUAUGGACACGGGGAAAAGCGACGUCCAUGCAAGGCUGUGAGGUAUACGAGGCCAAGUCAGGGUAGCGCAAGGAGUGCAGCAUUACAACACGGGCAAUAUGGCGUAUCCACAUCACAGGCGGUCACGGGUCAAUGGAGUCUGUACUUGUACUGACAAAAUCGAAGGCAUCAUUCAUUGUAUCUCUGUUCCCGUUCUAGUCCGGGCAAGUGCCCUGGCCAUCGUCUACAAAGGCUUCGCAGACUGGGUUGAAUGCACCGAUGUGCGGCCUCCCAAAGUUUGCGGUCAUCAAGCCGCCACCUGAUUCUUUUAUGGCACUAAGCUGAACUGAGAUUCCUCUUCAAAGAGGUGGCGUGAUGCCGAGUGUCCCUUGCUGGUC